AUGGCGCAGGUCCAGCAGCACACCCAGCACUCCGAUCGUCUCCGUGCUCAUGGUACUAACUCUGAGCACGCAGACAACCGGCACAGGUCUGCAGUCGAUGCAGCACGCCACCCGAAGCACGAAGAUCGGAGCCACAAGCAGAAGGAGCCGGAUCAUCGCACUCCCCAGCACAGGCCACCCGAGCCGACAUCUCACGGCACUUCGGGUGCCUCUGCCUUGAGAGCAGCAAACCACCAAGACCACCCCAACCCUCGACACUCUCCGUCUCGAAAGGGGAGCCAACACAGAGACAGCCCAGCGGAGCUCGACCUGUCACAUUCUCGUCACACAGCUCUCAAGGAGUCGAAAGACAGAGAGCAACGGCAAGCUUCCAUUCCUUCAUUUGUCAUGUCUCAAAGUGAAGACCAUGGCAGGGCAACUUCAACACUUGCUCCCCAAGGGACUAGCGAGAAAGCGGUGGAUAGCAGGAAGGAAGUCAAGCUGGGCUCAGCAGCAGUGGUUGAGUCGAAAGCCUUCGCAGAGCAACUGAUUUCACAGGAGCGUGAGAAGCUUUGCCCUCGACUUCCAAGCCGCAUAUCGCUGGAAAUCCAGGCAGCCAAUGCCAAAAUCGCCGAGGAGGUAACUUUUGUCUUCCGUGCGAAGCUGACCACGGAAGACCAUAACAUUCCGAACCAGGCCAAGGAGAUCUUACGAACAGGCAUUGAGGUGGAAUGGAGGGAGAGCUCUGCCGGCACGACGAAUGACGAGCAGUCUGCGCUUGCUCGAGCGGAAGACGAGCUGUUAGAGAAAAACUCGGAGUGGGAUCCCAUCUCUCGGGGUGCAAAACUUAUUCUCCCACUUGCUGCCUGCGAUCUCAUGAACGAGACUUUCUCGCUGAUGUGCAAACGUGGCAAGAAGAUUCAUGCUGACGGCAGCUCUGCUUCCCUUAGCGAGCAAGAGAACUUCGUCAGUGAAGAAAAUCAAGUUGAAGCUUCUCUCCGGCAGAUCCCUGAUGGGCUCAAGCGGAUAGUUCGAGCGCGGAGCAGUGCGCCAGAGCACGAGGGCACCAUGUUUCGUGUUCCGGCAGCAGCUCGGGCUCUUUGCCGGUUCCCACAAGCCGUGGCACUUGUCCCUCAGAGCCGGGCGCGUGCUGGUCUGCACCGGCUGAACUCCCGCAGAUUUAGCGGAGUCCAGCGCGAGUCAAUGGAGUUUGAUGUCCUCGUAGUUGGAGGUGGCCCUGCAGGCCUCGCGGCGGCGAUCCGAGCGAAGCAGGUGGCGCAGGCGGCGGGACAGGAGCUCAGCGUCUGUGUUGUUGAGAAGGGUGCUGAAAUCGGGGCACAUAUUCUCUCCGGCAACGUCUUCGAGCCACGAGCUCUUCAGGAGCUCUUCCCAGACUGGAAGGAUCGAGGAGCGCCAUUGGACACGCCGGUGACCAGUGACUCGUUUUACUGGCUUCCCAACGGGAAGCACGCGGUGCCCCUGCCUGGCCCGCUUCUGCACAUAGCGCCGGAGAUGCGGCAGAAGGGCAACUACGUGAUCUCCUUGGGGCAGCUGUGCCGGUGGCUCUCAGAGCAGGCGGAGGAGGUGGGCGUCGAGAUUUACGCAGGCUUUGCCGCAGAUGCCCCCGUCUUCGUGGAUGGUGCCCUUGCUGGCGUACAGCUACGGGACGUGGGCAUCGGCAAGGACGGCAAGGAGAAGGAUACCUUUGAAGCAGGCAUGCAUCUGCUUGGCAAGCAGACCAUCCUUGCAGAAGGCUGUCGGGGCUCGUUGAGCGAGAUGCUGAUGAAGCAGUACAACCUUAGAGAAGGUGUAUCCCCACAGCACUAUGGCCUCGGUGUGAAAGAGGUGUGGGAGAUCCGCCCAGAGAAUCACCGCGCAGGAACGGUAACGCACACGGUUGGUUGGCCGCUGGACAUGUGGAGCUAUGGUGGCUCCUUCAUCUACCACAUGAAGCCAAACCUGCUCCACAUAGGUAUGGUGGUCGGCCUCGAUUAUGCCAACCCCUACAUGAGCCCCUACCAGGAGUUUCAGCGCUUCAAGCAGCAUCCUCGAGUCCAGGCCCUUCUCGAGGGCGGCACCUGCCUCUCCUACGGCGCGCGCUGCCUUAACGAGGGCGGGGUCCAAGCGGUGCCCAAGCUCACCUUCCCUGGAGGGAUGCUCACAGGCUGCAGCGCUGGGUUCCUGAAUGUGCCGAAGAUCAAAGGCAGCCACACAGCGAUGAAGACGGGGAUGCUGGCGGGAGCUGCUGCCGCAGAGGCCGUGCUGGGAGGCAGUGCCUCUGGCCAAGAGGUGAAGAAGUACGAAGCGGACGUCCGUUCGUCGUGGGUUUGGGACGAGCUGAUGCGGGUCCGGAACUUCAAGCCAGCCUGGCAUGCCGGGAUGUGGCCAGGGCUGAGCUACGGCGGCAUGACACUGAUGGUCAGUCGUGGAAAGGAGCCCUGGACUUUCCGGUGGUCGAAGAAAGACAGCGACUACACGAAGCCAGCAGCUGACUGCCAGAAGAUUGAGUAUCCAAAGCCGGAUGGCGUGUUCUCCUUCGAUCUGCUGGAAAACCUAGCUCGAAGUGGCGUCAACCAUGAGCACGACCAGCCUGCCCACCUCAAAGUGAAAGACGAGCACGCGCAAGUGCCCCUGGAAGUCUCCUUGCCGCUCUAUGAUGGGCCCGAGGGGCGUUUUUGCCCUGCGAAGGUCUACGAGUAUGUGCCAGACGAGGAGGCAGAAGGAAAAAUGAAAUUGCAGAUCAAUGCGCAGAACUGCGUUCACUGCAAAUGCUGCUCGAUAAAAACGCCGAAGGAGUUCAUCAACUGGACCGUUCCUGAAGGUGGAGGUGGUCCACAGUACGCGGCAAUGAUCCAUUCAGCCAUCGGCCGCAGGUGUUCGAAAGUGGAAUCUGCGGGCGGAAGUGAACUUUAUCUCAGCCUUCCUGGUGGCCUUGGUGUCAUUGUCGACGAGGAACGGAAGGCAUAUGCAGUGGGGCUGAAGCGUCAGGAGCACCUGGCAGCUCGGGACCCUCAGCGCAGGUCUUUGAUGCAGACAGGUUCAGUGAACACGGCUUUUCCGUCGAGCUUCAGUUGGCUGCGGGAGAGGCCACAGUGUCUGGACUACGUGCACAACCAGGGCGACUGCGGGGCCUGCUACAUGUUCGCCGCGUUGGACUCUCUCUCGGAUCGCCACUGCAUCGAUGCAACAAACGCUUCACGACUUGGCAAAGUGGAUCAUCUGUCUGUGCAGAUGGCCUUGCUCUGCGAGCCUUUAGGCCGCCAGUGUUCAGGCGGCUGGGCAGACGUGGGCUUCAACUACUCUGUGUAUUUUGGCCUGCAGACGGCUUCGAAGUGGCCCUACGAGCGGAGCUGCCUCUCAGACUCCGAGUGUCAGUUCGGAAAGCAGUGCUUCUCCCCCUCUAGCUAUGGAUGUCCGAGCUUCUUCUCGCAGGAAGAGCUGGACGGAAUUGCCACAUUCAGCGAUGCUUUGCGCGUGACGAAGCACAAGUGCGAGACUUCGCAACUUGAAGAUCCUGAUAGCUGCAAGGUUUGGGCAGAAACCAUGUUUGCCAUGUCGCCAACGAUGGUCUUCAUGCCAGAGAGCUGCUUCUGCUCAGAACUCGUGGCGGACUGGGAGACGUUCCAUGCCAACAAGAACGCACCCUGCAGCCGAGGCCAUGGCGACGGCAGCGGAGUUCCGUCGAUUCUGCUCCAGGAGCAUCGCCGCGAGGACGAUGAUGACGAUGAGGAGAACAGUGGGUUCAAUUUCUUCCAUUGGCUUUCCAGCCUCUUCUUUGGAAGUCCGGAGGAGGAAAAACCAUCUCAGGACAGCACAACCCAAGGCUGGAACUCCGAUAUCCCAGGCGGUUCAUGGAACUCGAACUCGAAUUCCAAGUCUGGCUCCUCCUCGGUGACCCUUACGACGACCACAGUGGAGCAGUGCAGCAGGGAUCGAUGCUUGGCAGAGCCGCAGCCGCACAAGGCAACGAGGUACCACUACAUCGUCAACCAGAAGGAUGUUUUCAAAAUGGAGAUCUACAACGAUGGCCCUUUCUACACCAGCUACUAUGUCUACGAGGACUUUACCUGGUUCUUCCAGUUCUGGCCUGAGCAUGGCUACAACUAUCAGUGGGGUGCCAUGCAGGGUGGCCAUGCCGUCGUCCUCGUCGGCUGGGAAAGCAGCUGUCAGUACCACGGGGACUGCCUGAUGGCAAACUUGAAGAUGAACUUUGCGAGGAUGAGCGGCAUCGAGCCACCACCUGGCCUUGCUCCUCCUCCAGGCCUCGUGCCAAUGUUUCCAGAGGCGGAUCAAGCUGCGUGGGAUCGUGAGGACGUUGUUGCAGCUCCAAUUCCGGUGGGCUUGAUCUGCCGGUCGGACACAUCACCUCUCGACGAGAAAGCGAUCGUGAAGUGUGACUCGUUCAAGGGAAGUGAUGACGCCUCCGAGAGUGAGGUAACAAGGACUCCGUCUAUGGACUCGCAGAGAUCCCUCGACUCUUCGUUCGACGAGAUUUUGAUUGCGCCGAGCAUCGGAUCGUUUGGACACCCCGAGAUGUGCAGCCGCCCAUGCGUGUACUUCACCUGGGGUCCAUGUCCGAAGGCAGCCUAUUGUGGAUUUUGUCAUUUGGCUCAUCGCGAGUCGAUUGGCAAGUUGGACAAAAGGCAGCGGAAGAUCUUCCAGAAGCUGGGUGAGGCUGAAAUGAUUGAGUUGCUCCUUCCUCACAUGCUGGAGCGAUCGAAGCGGUUUCAAUCAGCAGAUGAUGCCAACGAGGUGUUGGACGUUCUUGCACGGAGGCUGCAGGAUCUCGCGCCAGCAGGGGAUGCAAUUCAAUCGAUCACCACCCGGAAGGUCGACAAGUUGGGCUACGUCCUGAAGCAAAUGCCGUUCCAUGCGUUGGCGAGUCUGAUCUUCGCUCGCAGCGACUUCGACACGGACUUCCUGGACGAUUUGACGAUGGCGACAGCCCGACUUCGUGCCAAGCUGCCUGCGGCCACCAGCAACGACGACACAGCAAUGAGAGACGUUCUAUUUCCGACGCUGACAGAUGGAUUCGAAAUGGACAAGAUCGCAAUCCCGGGAGAUAACGAUCCUGUCCAGCGCAGCCCUGGCUCCAGCCGGCGGCGGCAAAGCACCGGCGAGUGUUGGCACUUACGCAACACCUGGGGUGACGAGUGGGGCGACAAGGGGUACUUCCGGUUCUUAGAUGACAUGCUGACUGGACCCCCGGGCUAUCAUCUCCACAUCGCUUCAGCGGCAGCGGACGGUCCCAAGAGUGUGGUGUGA